AUGGCACACUCCUUUGGCCCGUCGGACUGGAGGGAGAUGACAAAUGGAGUGGGACGCCCUCACCUCCGCAAUGGAGAGUCUAAUGGGGGGUCCCACAGCUCCAGGUACAGGGUGAAAAAGCAGCCACAACGCCUCAGAUACAAGUCUCAUUCUCCUAUGGGCCGGGUCAUCCUCAUCAACACAACUGAAGAUGCUGGAGAUGAGAGUGAGGACCUCCACACUGUGACUGUGGACCGGAGUCUGGACGGGCGCCUGGGAUUCAGCAUAAGAGGCGGCUCUGAACACGGACUGGGGAUCUUUGUCAGCAAAGUGGAUGAUGACAGCUCUGCUGCACUGUCAGGCCUCACAGUGGGGGACAAGCUGGUGGAAGUGAAUGGAGUGAGCAUGGAGAGCAUUACCAUGAGCAGUGCUGUCAAAGUCCUCACUGGCAACAACAGGCUGAGGAUGGUGAUCCGCAGGGUGGGCAAGAUCCCAGGCCUCCGCUACUCUAAGGAGAAGACCAUCUGGGUUGAUCUGAUUCACAGGCGCAUGGUAGUGGAAGAGAGUGACAGCACUCCAUCCAUCAAGAGCUCGGACAGCGCUCUGAGGAGGGCCGUGCACCUCUUCACCACUUCGGACGAUUACUGCCUUGGUUUCAACAUCCGGGGUGGCAAGGAGUUUGGCCUGGGUAUCUACGUGUCCAAGCUAGAUCCAAGUGGUCUCGCCGAGCAGCACGGCAUCAAAAUGGGCGACCAGAUCCUGGAAGCCAACGGCGUGAGUUUUGAGGACAUCAGCCACAGUAAUGCGGUGGAGGUACUGAGGGGCCACACCCACGUUAUGCUAACCAUCAAGGAGGCGGGACGAUAUCCUGCGUACAAGGAGAGGGUGGCAGAGUAUGGCUGGCUGGACAAAUUGUCCUAUGGGGGUCCGGCGUCUUGGUCACGCGGCUCUGACUCCAAUUCUUCAGCGUCUUCCCUCUCCUCGGGCACCCCCCUAAGUUCAGUGAGUGGACUCUCCCAAAAUCUCUAUCCUUCAUUAUUUGGACACGAUAUGGUAGAUGUGGCUAUAGCAUCUGGAGAAACGCCGUGCUACCAACUCAGGGCCGACCACACCAGCGAGAUUGCCAUCCAGACGAACCCCCCCCGUCCCCGCCUGUUAGAAGAAGAGCUGCCCCAGUCGGAGAUCACCAACCCUGAUCAGAUUCUCCUGGGGGACACAAGCAGGACUUUUGAGCAGACGCUGUUGCUGAAGGAUACAGUGAUACGGGGCAAAGGGGAGGAGCCCAGAGACAUGGGAGGAGCCGGUGUAAGGAGGCGAGGCCAAGCUAGGACGCUGUCUUCAGGGGAACGUGAUGCCGCCAAUCACUCUCCCAAAACGGCAGCUCUCAUGGCUCUGAGCGGGCCGCCACAUUCCAUUCGGAGGUCCCAAAGUCACCUCACUGCCUCAGAGAGCAGGCAGAAAAAGAAGGAGAGCCCAGGUGAGGGUCCACCCAACCUGCGCUCCAAAACCUUUGUCAGCCUGCUGUUCAAGAAGGAGCGCAGAGACAAGAGCCCCAAGCCCAAGUCCCCUUCCAAACAGAGUGGCACAGAGAAAGAACGCAGUCGACCCUUUAAGCUCCUGUCCUCUCCUAAGGAGUCCCGUGCAGGCCUGAAGGACAGCAGCCCCCAGCCCCACCCUCAGACCCUACAGUAUGUGGAGGACAUGGCCAAGAGGGUGCUGAGCCAGGACGAGGCGCAGGCUGUCAUGAGGCACUGUAAACGGUUUCUAUCAGAGAAUGUGCUGGAGGAUCUGAUCCGCCCUCUGCUGGCCAUUUUGGACCGACCAGAGAAACUGCUGCUUCUGCGAGAGAUCAGAAUGUUGAUCCCGCCCGCAGAGCUAAGCCGCUUCGACAGUCUAGUGAUGCCCUUUGAGCUGGAGGCCUACGAUGUGCUCAAGAGCCGCUCUUUGAGAUCUCCAGCUCUGCGCUCUCCUCACACAGGAAGGCCUCGUCGACAACUCAUCACUCCAAUCCCAGGAGCUCGAGAUCCUCUAGUGGACCCCAAACGCGAUCCGUUUGACAAUGUGCAAGACAGUCUGCGCCAGUACGAAGGGAAGACGUUACACCACUCCGCGCUUUAUCACAUCUCUGAGACCAGUCCAUAA